AUGUUCUUGCCUUGUGGUUUUCUGACGGACAGUGCGAGCUUCACGCCUUUCGCGCAGCGUACCCAGCAAAUGAUCAAGGAGCAGCUGGGCCAGGCCGAGGACAAGACCCAACUACCCGAUGAAUACAUCGAGCUCGAGAAGCGCGUCGAUGCGCUGAAGCUUGUCCACCAGAAGCUGCUGCAGGUGACCUCCCAAUAUUCCAACGAGGCCUACGACUACCCUCCCAACAUCCGCGAAUCCUUCAAUGACCUGGGCCGCACUAUCAACGAGAAGGUCCAGCUCCUGUCUCAGGCAGGCUCUCCCGCCGAGGCACAAGCUGCCCUGACAGCCCCGCCUUCUGCAAAGCCUCAACCCAAGACCUUCAACCACGCAAUCGCCCGUGCCUCCCUCGCCGGCUCCCAGACACUCGCGCAGAGCACCGAGGGCGAGGACCCGCUUGCCACUGCGUUGGAGAAGUAUGCUCUGGCCGAGGAGCAGGUUGGCGAGGCUCGUCUGGCCCAGGAUGCUCAGAUCCAGUCCCGCUUCCUGGCCGGCUGGAAUACCACCCUCAACACCAACUUGAUGUUCGCUGCUAAGGCGCGCAAGAAUGUUGAGAAUGCCCGCUUGAUGCUUGACUCCAUCAAGGCUAGCAAAAAGGCCGGUGCCCACGGCGACCUAGAUAACUUGAGCGAUGAUGCCCGCGCGGAGAUCGAGCAGGCCGAAGAUGAGUUUGUUGGCCAGACUGAGGAGGCUGUGAGCGUGAUGAAGAACGUUCUUGAUACCCCCGAGCCCCUGCGCAACCUGGCCGAUUUGAUCGCCGCUCAACUCGAGUUCCACAAGAAGUCAUACGAGAUUCUCAGCGAGCUUGCUCCGACUGUAGAUGCACUGCAGGUCGAGCAGGAAGCUAGCUACCGCAAGAUCCGCGAGGGUGCUUAA